CGCAUGCGCGAAGCUGUCCGCCUCGCACGGCGUCGGCUUGUUAAGUGCGCACGCGCGGGAGUUUCUGGCAGAAAGCAGGCGAGCCCGGGCCGGCGCGGGGCCUUGUGGGAGGGCUCAAGGAAGUAAAAUGGCGGACCUGGCGAACGAAGAAAAGCCUGCCAUUGCUCCUCCCGUCUUUGUGUUUCAGAAGGAUAAAGGACAAAAGUCCUCUGCAGAGCAAAAAGACUUGUCGGAUUCGGGAGAGGAGCCUCGGGGGGAGGCUGAGGCCCCCCACCAUGGCACGGGUCACCCCGAGUCAGCUGGUGAGCAUGCCCUAGAACCUCCUGCCCCCGCUAGCACUUCCGCCAGCACUCCUCCGCCUCCCGCUCCUGAAGCCCAGCUUCCUCCUUUUCCGCGAGAACUGGCAGGGAGAUCAGCCGGAGGCUCCAGUCCUGAAGGUGGAGAAGAUUCUGACCGGGAAGAUGGAAAUUACUGUCCUCCUGUCAAGCGAGAAAGAACGUCGUCUUUAACCCAGUUCCCCCCUACGCAGCCAGUAUCAAAAAACAAUGUUUUUAUGCCAUCAACCUUCUGCGAGUCAUCUGCAGGCAAUUCUGACUCAGAACCAGAGGAAAGGAGUAGCGGGUUCCGGUUGAAGCCACCGACCCUGAUCCAUGGCCAGGCCCCCAGCGCAGGUCUGCCGAGCCAGAAGCCGAAGGAGCAACAGCGGAGCGUGCUUCGCCCGGCAGUGCUGCAAGCCCCGCAGCCGAAGGCGCUGUCCCAGACCGUCCCCAGCAGUGGCACCAAUGGGCUCAGCAUCCCAGCAGACUGCACAGGGGCAGCGCCAGCAGCAUCACCCGAAAACCCCGCACGGAGAAGCCCCUCCGACUCUGCCGACGAGGCGUGCACACUCGAGGAGAAGGAGCCCCAGAAAAAUGAGUCUAGCAAUACUUCUGAGGAGGAGAACUGUGAGAAGAAGGAACAAGCUGCGCAGCAAGCCUUUGUAUUCGGGCAGAACUUACGGGACAGAGUUAAGCUAAUAAAUGAGAACACUGACGAAGCUGACAUGGAGAAUGCCGGACACCCCAGUUCAGAAACGCCAACUGCAACAAAUUAUUUCCUUCAGUAUAUCAGCUCCAGUUUAGAGAACUCGACCAAUAGCACUGAUGCCUCCAGCAACAAGUUCGUAUUUGGCCAGAACAUGAGUGAGCGAGUCUUGAGCCCCCCAAAAUUAAAUGAAGUCAGUCCAGAUGCCAACAGAGAAAACGUGGCUGCCGAGUCUGGGUCUGAGUCCUCUUCCCAGGAGGCCACCCCCGAGAAAGCUAAUAACAUUUCAGAGUCCCUGGCCGAGUCGGCAGCUGCCUACACCAAGGCCACAGCACGGAAGUGUUUGUUGGAAAAAGUGGAAGUCAUCACCGGGGAGGAGGCGGAGAGCAACGUGUUACAGAUCCAGUGUAAGCUGUUCGUCUUCGACAAGACCUCACAGUCGUGGGUGGAGCGAGGUCGGGGGCUGCUCAGACUCAACGACAUGGCGUCAGCCGACGACGGGACGCUACAGUCCCGACUAGUGAUGCGGACCCAGGGGAGCCUGCGGCUGAUCCUCAACACCAAGCUGUGGGCUCAGAUGCAGAUCGACAAGGCCAGCGAGAAGGGCAUCCGCAUCACAGCCAUGGACACCGAGGACCAGGGCGUGAAGGUCUUCCUGAUCUCGGCCAGCUCCAAGGACACAGGCCAGCUGUACGCAGCCCUGCACCACCGCAUCCUGGCCCUGCGCAGCCGCGUGGAGCAGGAACAGGAGGCCAAGGUGCCGGCCCCUGAGCCUGGGGCAGCCCCGUCCAACGAGGAGGACGACAGUGACGAUGACGAUGUUCUGGCUCCCUCAGGGGCGACUGGAGCAGGUGCUGGCGACGAAGGAGACGGGCAGACGGCCGGGAGCACAUAGCGGCCGGGCCGGCGCACCUCGGGCUGCUGCUUCGUCCAGCUGUCGGCCGCCCACCCCUCCCCACAGGCAGCGCCUAGGGGUCGGGAGCCACUCCCUGCUGGGUCGGCCACAGUCCGGAUCCGCACGUCCUGUCGGAAAGCAGACCUGGGAACUGCCUGAAUGUGGUUUGGGACACGAGACCUCAUCAUAUUGAUGAGCAAAACAAAAGAACAUUUUUUCCCUCCCCUCCUUUGAAUUGAAAUGGCACAUUAAGGCUUGUCACGGCUUCUCACUGGGA